ACCAAAAGUGUUUAUUUUACUGGCAAUAUUAAAACAAUCACAUGAUUUUGAGUAAGUCUUUUGAGAUUGUUUGCAAGUUUUUUCUCUUCUGCAUGUCUGCUUCCUCCCAGCUGGGGGCUGGCUGUUGUAUGGAAAGGCCAGCCACGUCACGGAAAAGCCCUGUCUCUGAUCAGAUGGGCUUAAUAUAAACCAGGUUUGCUGAGAGAGAAUUAAAGAGGCAGCCCCAACGCAGGAGAGGAUUUACUUCGGCAGAGCUGCUCAGUGUGUCACAGCCCACCAAGAGAGAAGGGCACUGGGAGCAAAGGACUGGACUGGCUGCAGGAGCCUGGCACAAGGGUUAAAAAUGACUCUCAACAAUGUCACCAUGCGUCGCACCCACAACAGCAACCUGCACCAGCAGCAGCAGCGAUGGAGCAUCCCUGCUGAUGGAAAGAAUCUGCUGGUCCAGAAAGACUCCAACGAGUACAACCCACAGAAACGAUACACCAUCAGUCCUGAUGAAUAUUACAGAAGGAGCUGGUCCUCAGAGUCAUCCGACUCCGUCAUCUCCUCCGAGUCUGGCAGCAGCUGCUACCGCGUGGUGCUGAUCGGGGAGCACGGCGUGGGCAAGUCCUCGCUGGCCAACAUCUUUGCAGGGGUGCACGACAGCAUUGACAGUGACUGUGAGGUGCUGGGAGAGGACACGUAUGAAAGAACUCUGAUGGUGGAUGGGGAAAGUGCGACUGUUAUACUGCUCGACAUGUGGGAUAACAAGCGUGAGGGAGAAUGGAUUCGAGACCACUGCAUGCAAGUGGGAGACGCCUACUUGAUUGUCUACUCCAUCACAGACCGAGCGAGCUUUGAGAAGGCCUCUGAACUCAGAAUACAGCUCCGCAGGGCACGCCAGAAAGAAGAUAUCCCCAUUAUUCUGGUUGGCAACAAAAGUGACCUCGUCAGGUGCCGUGAAGUUUCAGUGGCAGAGGGGCGAGCCUGUGCCGUCGUGUUCGACUGCAAGUUCAUCGAGACCUCGGCAGCGGUGCAGCACAACGUGAAGGAGCUGUUCGAGGGCAUCGUGCGGCAGGUCCGGCUCCGCAGGGACAGCAAGGAAAAGAACGAGAAGCGCCUGGCGCUGCAGAAGCGGAGAGAGAGCAUCCCCAAGAAAGCCAGGCGCUUCUGGGGCAAAAUAGUUGCCAAGAACAACAAGAACAUGGCCUUCAAACUCAAGUCCAAGUCUUGCCAUGACCUAUCAGUACUUUAAGAACACUGGACUCUGCCAGAGCUUGUGGCAUUUUGUGGACACUAUCUAACUUUGUCAAAGGACAAUCAAUCAAUCUAUAUUAGAUUGGGCUAUCAGUGACUUAGGUUCACAGUUGUGAUUGUGAUGAUAUGUGCUGGCAUAAGAACAGCACAGUGCAUGGAAAUAUCUCUUCCUUUUUUUUUUUCUUUUUCCUUUUUUCUUUUUUUUUUUUUUCUCAGUAGUUUUAAAAGAAAA